CUCUGGCUCCGGGCACACAGCUAGUGCUGCGAGGUAGUUCUGGCGGCCUCCCAGUAUUCACACCGGACCCUAGGUUUCUUAGGUCCGCAGACCUGGUCUCUUGUCGGGCCGCAGGGCUCCGGCUCUGAGGAGAAUGGAUCCCGCUUUGGAUACCUGGGACUUCUCCUCACCUUUAAUAUCGUUAUGGAUAAACAGGUUUUACAUAUACUUGGGCUUUGCCUUUGGUUUUAGCCUUUGGAUUUGUUUCCAGAUUGUCAUCAGGAAGCAGAACAAGAACUCACAGGAGAAAACCGCUCCAAAAGCAUCUCAGGAUUUGAUGACGAAUGGCUAUAUCUUUCGUCCAAAGAAGGAAGUCUUUGUGUCUGGAGUGAAGAUAUUUUAUGGUUCUCAGACUGGCACAGCAAAGGGAUUUGCGACAAUUCUGGCCGAAGCACUUAGCUCCCUCGAUCUGCCUGUGGCAAUGAUUAAUCUGAAGGACUAUGACCCAGAUGACUGUCUCGUAGAAGAGGUUACUAGUAAAAAUGUUUGUGCCUUCCUGGUUGCCACCUACACUGAUGGUCAACCGCCUGAGAGCGCCGAGUGGUUCUGCAAGUGGCUGGAGGAAGCAGCCAACGACUUUCGAUUUGGCAAAACGUACCUGAAGGGGAUGAGAUACGCGGUGUUUGGCCUGGGAAAUUCUGUGUAUGUGAGCCACUUCAACAAGGUGGGGAAGAAUGUGGACAAGUGGCUCUGGAUGCUCGGUGCUCAUCGCGUGAUGACCCGAGGGGAAGGCGAUGGCAACGUGGUGAAAAGCAAGCACGGCAGCAUUGAGGCCGACUUCACAGCUUGGAAGGCCAAGUUCAUCUCCCGGCUGCAGGCACUCUGCAAAGGAGAGAGAAAGCGCUGCAGGGGCAACUGCAAGAAAGGCAAGUGCGAGUCUAAUCAGCGCGGCUCAGAGGCGGCGGAGCCAGGGUCCCACGCACAGGAGGAAUUGCAUCACGGAGACGCCGAGGAGGAAGAGCCCUUUGGGAGCACCAGUGAGGAAGAGUCCGAUACUGAGGACCAUCAGAGUCAGAAUUCUGUCAUUGAUGUUGAAGACCUCGGCAAGAUUAUGGAUCAUGUGAAGAAAGAAAAGAGAGAAAAGGAGCCGCAGGAAGGGGAAACGAGUGUGAUCAGGAGCACAGUGAAGAGUGAAGCCAGUGAAAGAAGAGCUAUGAUCACUCCUGCUCUCCGAGAAGCUCUUACUAAACAAGGUUAUCAGUUGAUUGGGAGCCACUCUGGGGUGAAGCUUUGCAGAUGGACAAAGUCCAUGCUCCGAGGGAGAGGAGGUUGCUAUAAACAUACAUUCUAUGGCAUUGAAAGCCAUCGUUGCAUGGAAACUACCCCGAGCUUGGCAUGUGCAAAUAAAUGUGUCUUCUGUUGGCGGCACCACACCAAUCCAGUGGGUACUGAAUGGUGGUGGAAGAUGGACCAGCCUGAAAUGAUCUUGAAGGAAGCCAUUGAAAACCAUCAGAACAUGAUCAAGCAGUUUAAAGGAGUGCCAGGUGUCAAAGAAGAACGCUUUGAAGAAGGAAUGACAGUAAAGCACUGUGCCUUGUCUCUCGUGGGAGAACCCAUCAUGUACCCAGAAAUCAACAAGUUUUUGAAGCUCCUUCAUGAGUGUAAAAUCUCCAGUUUCCUGGUCACAAAUGCACAGUUCCCUGCGGAAAUCAGGGACCUCAAACCAGUUACCCAGCUCUACGUCAGUGUGGAUGCUAGCACCAAAGACAGCCUGAAGAAAAUUGACCGCCCGCUUUUCAAGGAUUUCUGGCAAAGAUUCCUCGAUAGUUUAAAAGCCUUGGCUGCAAAGCAACAGCGUACUGUCUACAGACUGACUCUAGUGAAGGCAUGGAACGUGGAUGAGCUCCAGGCCUAUGCCGAGCUGGUGUCCCUGGGGAAUCCUGACUUCAUCGAGGUGAAGGGUGUUACCUACUGUGGAGAGAGUUCGGCGAGCAGUCUUACCAUGGCCAACGUGCCCUGGCACGAGGAGGUGGUGCGCUUUGUCUGUGAGUUGGUGGAUCUGAUCCCCAACUAUGAAGUCGCGUGUGAACACGAGCAUUCCAACUGUCUUCUCAUAGCUCACAAGAAGUUUAAGAUUGGCGGAGAAUGGUGGACGUGGAUCGAUUACAGCCGCUUCCAGGAGCUCAUUCAGGAGUAUGAAGAUAGUGGCGGAUCAAAAACUUUCAGCGCAAAGGAUUAUAUGGCCAAAACGCCUCAUUGGGCCUUAUUUGGUGCCAACGAAAGAGGCUUUGAUCCCAAGGAUACCAGAUAUCAGAGAAAGAGCAAAUCAAAGGAUAUUUCUGGAUGUUGAGAUUGUCUGAGUUUAGGAUACCGAAGGACACAAACCGACGGCUGCAGAAGGUUUUCAGACUCCACUGUGAUUUUUUUCCCAAGGACAGGUUACAUAAAUAAUAUUUCACAUAGAGAAGGGUGUGAGGAAGAACAUGGGGCCACAAGUCAUGUCCCAGGGCUCAGGAGAGAGCAGCCACACUGGAGUGCCUGGGACUUGGCCUCACCAUCUCUUUCCAGAGCUCAGUCCCUUUUCUGAAUUUACUUCUGAAAGAAAAUCAUCUUGAGGGGGAAGUCCGUAAGCAUGAUUAGUUUUGAAUUACAGCUAGGAAGACUCGCUGGAAUGCCACCCAUGGGAGUGUUGCACAGUGUGAAUUUCUGUUUCUCUUCCCUCACUGUGGGCUAUUGGUCUUCUGUUGAUUGUACUACCUUGAGGUCCACGUGUCUGCUCACCGUAAGACCUCCAUCCCUUUCUUACGUCUGAAGAGAACACUUCCUGAAAGUAACUUAAAUUGUCCUCAUUCUCAAUUAUUUUAAAUACCACAUAGAUUUCUUUAAAUUUUUGCUUAGUUCCAACCUUUAAGAAAUUGAAUCAGAUCUAAAACUGUACUAGAUUUCAUUGUUCCCAUACAAAUUGCCAUAGAAGGUAGCGUGUGAGCUGGAGUAGAGUAAAAUCUUCUGUAAGACGAAUUGUCAUAGGAUGUCACUGAAUAAUUAGUCUCACACACUGUGAAACAGUGAGUACAGUUUGCUUUUGCUUUGAAAAGUCAGCAUGUAAACUCUCAUCGCUACACUUCUAGUAGGUUUCCAUCUUCUUUCACUCUUGUGCCCAGCUACUUUCUGCCAUGUGUUUUUUAAGGCUCAAUUUUUUUUUCUAGUU